AAACUAGAAGCAAGAAGAGAAUGAGGAAGCAAGAGGAGUAUGAAGAUAUUGUGAUUGUUGGUGCGGGUAUUUCUGGGCUUGCUACCGCACUUGCUCUUCAAAGGAAGGGCAUAAGGAGUAUAGUUUUGGAGAGAUCUGAGACUUUAAGAGCUACAGGAGCUGGUAUUUCUAUCUACCUCAAUGGUUGGCAUGCACUAGACCAUCUUGGAGUGGGAAAUCAGCUGCGCGCAAAAUCUACACCUAUAAAUGAGAUACAUGGGGAAUGGGUAUACAAUGAUGAUACUGAAGUAAUACCAAUCAGCAAAGAAGGGCUCAGAUGUGUGAAAAGAAGCGAUCUCAUCGAGGCUUUGGCUAACAGUCUGCCUGCUGAGUCGAUUCGUUUUGGGUGUCAAAUUGUGGCAAUUGAAACUGAUCCAGUUACCUCCUUUCCUAUUGUCCAUACUGCAGAUGGUUGCAUCAUGAGAACAAAGAUUUUGAUUGGAUGCGAUGGCUCCAAUUCGAUUGUAGCAAGUUCAUUAGGACUAAAACCUGCAAACCUCUUUCAAACACGAGAGGUAAGAGGAUACACGAGUUAUCCAAAUGGACACGGCCUGUCUAACCAUUUCCUACAUCUAAAGGGUGACAAAUUGUUCGUUGGAAGAAUUCCUGUCGAUGAAAACUUAGUCUUCUGGUUUGUAGACCAAGAAUUCCAUCCUAAAGAUUUGGAAACGAGAAGAGAUCCGAUACUCAUCAGGGAUCGAACACUAGAGGCAGUCAAGGACUGCCCUAAAGAAGUGAUUGAAAUGGUGAAGCAUUGUGAUCUCAGCUCGCUCUCCCUCACCCGUAUCAGAUAUCGUGCACCAUGGCACCUAGCGUUAAAAAAUCUCUGUAAAGGUACAAUGACAGUGGCUGGCGAUGCUAUGCACCAAAUGGAUCCAUCCAUCGGCCAAGGAGGCUGCACUGCACUUGAAGAUGCAGUGGUACUCGCCAGAAGCUUGUCCCGAGAAAUGUCAGUCAUUCAGUCAGAAAGAAAAAUAAGCGAUCAAGAGAUACAGAAUAGAGCGGAAGUGGCAUUGAGAAGAUACACAAGUGAAAGGAAGUGGAGGAUUCUGAUAUUAUCAACCAAGUCGUUUCUCAUUGGAUCUCUGUUUGGUGCUUCUUGGCUCAAGAGGUUCACAUUCCUCACUUUAUUCUCUACAUUCUUUGGCGGCAGGUUUGGCCACACUCAGUAUAAUUGUGGGCAUCUUUAGAAGUAGAGGGUCUACGGAAUAAAAUUCAUGGAUAUGUACAUGAAUUCUAGACUUUUAUACUUAGAAGAUGAUAUAAACAUCAAACUUUUUUGAUGAUAAUUAAGGAGUACAGUAGUGUUUCAAGAGUUA